AAAAUUAAUUUCACGAAACAGAAAACUGAUUAUUUUUGCCGAUUAAUUUUUAUCAGCUGCGCGUUUCCGUGUCGAUAAUGACCUACACCGACGUCCAUCGUAUGUUCCUUCAAGCCUGCACCAACCACGGAACGCUGAGCAAGGAACAGGCGUACGAUUUGCUUAUCGGAAUUCACGCACAGAUUGGCAACAACGACACGAUACCAAGGGAAGAUGAGGUCGCCGAGGUGGUGGCCGCGAUCAACAGCCGGAUCAAUCGGUUCGACCAGAAAAUUGCCUACACCCACUACGAUCCAACCGAGCGGGAUUUUUACGUGUUUGUGAAUCUGAUGGACUCCCCGAUUAACCGGCAUCAGAAUGUUUAUACCGCACCGGAGCUCCACUACUUCCGGGCUUUAUUGCGCGAGAUUACGGUUACGGAUGAUCAUCAGCUGCCGCUAAUUGCUUGUCUCAAUCUCACGAAUCAAUUGGCGGACGAAGGAACCAAGCCGGUCGCCAAGGCACGCGCCGAACAGCUGCUGACCGAGUGGGAACAGUCCGGGUACUUUCUGGUGCUGGAGAACCAGUGCUACUUUGGCCCGCGAACGAUUGUGGAGUUUGACAACUAUCUCAACACCAACUUUGCCGACAUUAUUACACGCUGCUGUCUGUGCAACGUUACCAUCUUCUACGGUGUACGGUGUGCCAACUGUCCCCAGAUUUUGCACCGAGAGUGUAUGAAAAAGUAUUUGCGUCGCCUCACAAACUGUCCCUCCUGUAAGGAACUGUGGACGGUGAAGUUGUAAGCAGCGACAGAGAAGGAGUACUAGAUGAAGUAGCCGUUUACUUGCGUCACAUUUAUUUUCCAAACCCACCAUUGAUUAUCAACAAA